AUUAAUCAUUUUAUUCAUUAGAAAUCCCUCUCACUGUCAACGAGAAGUCGAAGAAAGCAAACAGAUUUCGAAGUUUCGUCGCCUCCCUCUAAUCUUCGAUCUCUCUUUCUUCUUCCAAUCGCUUUCAUCUUCUCCCGUGGAAGAGGAAGCCGAUCUACUAAGUAUAUAGCAAGGUUUAUUUUACGGAUCCGUGAAGCUUCUAAUCUGAGAAGAUGCUUCCUCUUUCGCUCCUCAAAACUGCUCAAGGCCAUCCUAUGCUUGUCGAGCUUAAGAAUGGAGAGACCUACAAUGGGCAUUUGGUGAAUUGUGAUACUUGGAUGAACAUCCAUCUGCGUGAAGUCAUCUGUACAUCAAAGGACGGAGACAGGUUUUGGAGAAUGCCCGAAUGUUAUAUCCGUGGUAACACAAUCAAGUAUCUUCGAGUUCCUGAUGCGGUGAUUGAUAAAGUACAGGAGGAGAAAACCCGCACAGAUAGGAAACCACCAGGGGUUGGACGCGGAAGAGGACGUGGUAUGGAAGAUGGAGGGGCCAGAGGCCGAGGCCGAGGAACUUCAAUGGGGAAGAUGGGUGGUAACAGAGGAGCAGGUCGUGGGCGUGGUUAAUACAACAACUUUUAAGAGUUUCUCUGUUUUUAGCUGGCACCAAGCGCUGCUAACUUCUCUUGUUGCUGCUACUGGGUUAGUUUGAUUGUAGAGAAAACCAGAGUUACAUAAGAAGUUGGUCUUUCAUUGGUUUUCUAUUUACGUAUGUAAGGGAUAGGGAGGGAAUGUGUUUUUGGAUUCUCCUUUUGAUCUUUUGGAAACAGAAGUUGUCUUUUGCCUUGUGAAAUUUGACGGUAUAUGAAAUUUGAGAAUGCUGUUUCAUUUACGCUUCAAUUGAGUCUGUUCGGUCAA